AUGGGUGCUGCCAGUGCUCUAGGUGGUGCAAGUGCAGUACUAGCAGCAGAGAUCUGUGCACCAUUGUUACUGUUGUGCUGGCUUUGCUGCUGGCCUGAUGACGCUUCUGAAUCCGGUGUACGUCGUCGUUCGCAUGAUCUGUUCGGACGAAGGUUUGGAAGCAGCGCGGUUUCUCUACAUUUGCCAAGCACUUCUGGAAGCGCAAAGCAGCCACUUUCAGCGUACAGAAGUAACGAAGAGAUACGAGGCAGACGCAAGUCACACCUGGAAAUAGGAGACAACGAAACAAGGUACCAUUCCGCCCCAAGCGUCAUAGACGAAGUAAUUCAUAGAAGAGAUUGGGAUCGAUCCACUAAGGAACUUUAUAUUCCGCUCCGACCGGACGGCGAAACUGUGUCACCAACCAAAUCAGACAGUUCUGACAAUAGUCAACGAACAUAUGAACAAGUUGUCAGCAAAAUGUGCAAGAAACAUUACACUAACAUAAAGAGUUCAAAGAAAAAGGAAACAGAUCAUGAUAUUAAGGACCAUGACGCAACGGAAGUUUCUUCUUUCUAUAUUGGAGAUAACGAAGCUGUUCUGACUGUACCAGAAACAUCAUCUAUUGUAAACAAUGAUGGUAGUAUAAAUGAACCGAUAGAGGUACUUAAAGAUGAUAGUAGAUUUAAGCCGAAAGAAACUAAACAAUGUCUUAAUGAAUCAAUUAAAAGUAAAGAUAGAAAGAAACAAACGCUUGUGCCUGUAGAAGAAUUUAAAGUAUCCAGAUUUGAGGAUGUGAACGUUGAAGUGGAUAGAUCAGGAGCGAUUCAUCACAGCGUAGAGUCAAGGUCAAGUCUUUACAAUCAUGUGGAGCCUAUUCCAGCACCUUCUGUUGAAGCAGUUGGUUACGAUUCAGAAGUGACGUAUCUAGAAGAAACUCCAGUUUGGACACAAAAUCCGAAUCCAAGUACAUGGACUGAAAAUUUUAUACGAGCUCGACACGCCAGCGCUGGAGACGUCUUAGCGCCUCCGAUGAGACCACAGUCUUCUGCACUUUCCGAAAGCGACCUAGACUGGGAUUUAGAAGCAUGUGAUGAGCUGCCACCUUCCUACAAUGAAGUGCACUUGCUACCUGAUAGAAAAGAAACCGCUAUCUAG